AUGCCUUUUGUCCAGUAUUCGUCUUUAGUAAUAGUCCUUAGUGCUAUCAUCUUUCGUCCAGCAUCAUCGAAUAAGAAUGACGUCAUAUUUCACCUUUUGGAACAGAAGGCAGCGGGUUCUUUCGUAGGGAAUGUCUCUGAAGCAAGCGGCAUUGCCAAGCAACUACCAAGAGAAAUUCUGCGGACGCUGAGAUAUAGUUUCUUAAACCCCAACACCCUCGAAACGGCUUCCAUGUUUAGCAUCAACCGCAGAAAUGGUGCCAUAUUUUCCACGGCAAUGAUCGACAGGGAAGAAGUUUGUAGUGUAUCACCUUGCGAAAUUGUUUUUGAUGUCACAGUUCUGUCUAACAUGACAUCAUUGCUAAAAAUAAUCACCGUGAAGAUAAUAAUAGACGAUAUCAAUGACAAUUCUCCUGAGUUUAACCCGAGCGAAGUGACCAAGUACCUGAUCGAGUCUGAACUGACGGGGAGAACUAUUCAGCUGCACGAGGCGUUUGAUAGAGACACAGGGACAAACAACUCUGUCAAGACGUAUUCGGUAGCUUCACACAACGACAUGUUCCAGGUUAAGGUCGAUACCAAACUGGAUGGGAGUACAAACCUGAAAGUGAUUGUUCUGAAAUCUCUAGACAGGGAGAAACAGAGCAGGUACACGUUCCUUGUGAUCGCUACCGACGGCGGUGAUCCUCAACUAACAGGAACCCUCACGGUUCACUUAGACGUCACUGAUGUCAACGACAAAGUACCACAGUUCAGCCAGAACGUUUACAACAUAACAGUUAACGAAACCAGUGUCGUGAAUUCUGUAGUUGGCGUUGUGACAGCCGUGGAUGACGAUGUAGGUCGGAAUGCUAAAAUUCGAUACAAGUUCAGUUCGACGAGGUCUUCCAGAAUAGAAGAGUUGUUCUUAUUGGAUCCGUCUACUGGAGAAAUACGUGUGAGGAAGCCACUGCAGUAUGAGUCAGGGAAAAUAUUCGAAUCUUUCGUUGAGGCAGGCGAUCUUGGACAGCCACCUUUGGCGUCACAGGCAAAGAUAAUUAUAUCGGUUCUGGAUGUGGGUAACACUGCACCAAAGUUGGAUCUCAUCCUCACUGCCGCUGUGUACUCUGACACGGUUCUUUUAUCAGAAGGAUCGAGAGUGGGAACAUUUGUUGGACAUGUCAAGGUACAAGAUGCGGAUUCGGGUCCAAACGGUAUCGUCAGUUGUCAGUCGAUGGAUAACAGUUUUAUUGUGGAGGAGCUGGAAGGAAAAGGGUUUGCUAUACUCACAAGCAAAAUGUUGGAUAGAGAGUCCAAACCACAGCAUAAUGUAAGCAUUUUCUGCAGUGAUGGAGGUAGUCCCAGCAUGAAUGCGGAUGUUAGUUUCCUUGUCAUUGUCACAGAUGUAAAUGACAACACCCCAGCGUUUAAAAAUACCACGUACUAUGCAAACCUUACUGAAAAUUCUUCUUCUUCCUUUGUUGUCCAAGUUCUUGCGAGUGAUUCAGAUCUUGGUGUAAAUGCCGAACUAUCGUACACUCUUAGCUCUGAAGCAUCCUCUAUGUUCUCGGUGGAUUCGCAUACAGGAGUCAUCUCAGCUAACAAGAUGUUUGAUAGAGAAACCGUUUCCAAGAUUACCUUUGUUGUCAGUGCUAUUGACCAUGGAAGCGAGGCGCUCACGGGAUCUGCAACAGUUGUGGUUAGUAUUCUUGAUCUCAACGACAAUGUACCAGAAUUUCCUUCCACACCUCUUAAACUGUAUGUGCCCGAAAUGCUUCCACCUGGCAAAAGUAUAGGUCAGCUAUCUGCUAGAGAUUCUGAUGCAGGAAUAAAUUCAGAAAUUGAAUACAAAAUGAUGUCUUCUGAUGGUGACAUUCCAUUUGUGGUAUUUGCAAAUGGUGUAAUUCGAACAGACAGGAAGCUGAACAGGACGGUCAGAAUACAGUAUAGAUUUCGUGUGAUGGCGACAGACAAAGGUGAACCCCCAUUAAGUUCUGUUGGAGAAGUUGCAAUAUUUGUUGAAGAUGUAAACAACCACGAACCGAUCUUUGUGUUCCCCACUGAGCAUGAUAACACAGUGGUCGUGCUUUCUGACUCUGUACCAGGGACGAACGUCAGUCAGGUUUCUGCCACUGACGGCGACGAAGGAAUAAAUGCUAAGAUAUCUUACUUCAUCAUCGACGGUAACAAGAGAGAUUUAUUUGCAAUCGUCGAACACUCGGGCGAGAUUAUCCUCAAUCGAAGAAUCACCGUGAAGGACGACAGCCAUUAUGAGCUCAUCGUCAAAGCUCAAGAUGGUGGUCGUCCACAGCAGGAAUCCCGCGCCAAACUCUACAUCAAAAUAACAUUUACAAACAGCACCAUUGCCCAAUCAAGGGCAGCUGAUGCUGAAGCUAAGAGGUACAUGAUUAUUGCCGGAGUGGUCGCUGGCGUCACUGUCAUCAUCUCGGUGAUCAUUGUAACCAUCAUCCUGUUCAUCAGGCGAACUGACUUCAGCAGACGACAGCACGCCGUGAAAUCAAGCGCCCAGGAGGAGGACAGCAGACAGAGAGAUGUCGGCACAUGGCAGGACAGCAGCUGUGAGGACAUUAAAGCAGGAUUUCGUGAUUCCACUAAAAGCAUUGAGAGAUUGUACAAGCCGAAGAUGACCGAUCAGACGUUCGAGUUGGAGCCAGCUGAGUCAGGACAAGUAGCACCAGAUGCAUAUUACCCUCAGACAUCUCUACAUCGUUACGGAAACCAGGAUUUCUUCACAUUUGGGAAGCAAUCACGGGUUGUUUACCGCCCACUACCACAAUGGCAGGACGACCACCAGCGCACCUGGACUGAUGUAGAUAGGUUUGACGCAGUGGCUGGAGGUGUGAACGCAGAUUUAGUGAUAGGGAAAUUGAAUUCAACCAGAGGAUGCUUCCCGCCCAGUUUUGAGAGCGUGGAAGUGGAGAGCGUGACGUCACGCGAGUCGACAACUAGUGACAGUGGACGAGGCGGAAGUGAGGACGACAGUCAACUCCCCGUCUCACCACGGCAAGGUAUGAAUUUGGGCCAUCUGGCAAAGAAGACAACAACUGCACCCACAAUACCUCCCAGACAGCGUGUUGGCGAGAAUGCCUCUUUAAAUACGGAUAUUCCACUCCGUCACUACCCCGGGCGGAACACCAUUAGUGAACAUUCCAAGCAUUACCGGGCCGGGUUGCACAGAAGCAAUCCAGACCGCGGCAGUGCUCGGUGUACAAGCACCACUGUGUUUCAAAACGAUAGAAUACAAAACAGUUUUACACCCCAGUGCAGUGCGAAGAGGGUGAGUUUUCAAGAAGACAAUUUAGCUGUGAAUAUAUCUGAUUGGACCUGCCGGUCGGGAGACACGAACUAUAGAGCCCUAAAACACCCGCUAGGUGGCGGGGUGGAGAACCUCGGUUCUUACAGUAGUCUCCCUUGCAGUGUGGACGAUGACGCUAGCACAACGACUUCCGGUAGUUAUACCGUGCAGUUGGAGGAUUUUGAUGAUAUGUUUAGUCAUAGCUAA